AUGGCGCUACAAUUUCCAGCGAGCUCGCCAAAGUUUUCUCUCAUUCCUAUAACUCCUACAACAAAUAUUUUUGCACAAAAUUUGGUGAACUCAAGAAAAUGCGUAGUUUGCGGUGAGUAUUCUCCAAGUUUUUUUUUGCUGAAAAUACUUAAAUUCUAUAACUUUCAGAUUUAUCCGCCUCAAGUUUUCUUCAAAUUUCAACUGCAAACUGUGGACACGAUUCCUGCACAAAUUGCAUUUUAAAACGGUUCAAAGAAGGCAAAUUUGAAUGUUUCAAAUGCUCGCAAAAAUCAGAAAAUGUGUACCAGUUUCGAUGCUCGAUGUGUAAAAAAUCAGAUUCUGAAGAAAAGUAAGUUCCCCUAUAUUUUUUGCUGAAAAAAUCCCGAUUUUCCAGCCUGAACAUUUGCCAAACUUGUCAUCCAUCAAUAAAUUCAAAAUCUGAACUUAUCCUAAGUGCACUUUGUUCAACAUGUGCUCUUCGAAAACAUAAAUCCCACGAAAUCAUCGAAUUUUUCCCACAUUUAUCCGCUUUUCAAUAUGAAAUCCAUCUCAAAAACCUGACGAAAAAAGCCGAAGAAUUCUCAAAAACCGGUGAAAAAUAUCGAGAAACAUGUGAACAUUUUCAAAACGCGCAGGAAAAUGCGCAAAAGGUUUAUGAAUCUUUGAUCGAUUUUGUUCGACGUGCUAAAAACAGUGAAAAACAAUUGGAAAUGACGGAAAAAAUCAAGAAUUUUAUGGAAAAAUGGAAAAAUACGAAUGUGGAAUUGGAAAAGCUUAUUGGAUCGAAAGUUGAGAUUGUUGAAAAUAUGAAGACAAAAAUGGAAAAGGAAUUGGAAAAUGGGAAGAAGAAUGUUGUGGAAUUAGAGGAAAUUGUAACAUUAUCAAAAGAAGUUAUCGAAAAUCUGGUUGUACCAAGCUUUCCUGCCAGAUUCACAUUUAAAAAGUCCAGUGACAUGAGAAGAAGAGCUAUUCGAAAAUAACAUUUAUUAUCUUGUUUUCAAAAAUUUUGUUUGAAUCUUGUAUGUUUUAUCUACUUGUGAGAAAUGAAAAUACGAACAUUUCACACAUUUUCCCAUGCCAUCUGGCAACCCGUAAAACGUCGGUCGCACGUUUUACCUUACCUAUAUAAGAAAAAAGGAAUCGUGUGUUUUUGUUCUUCCGAGAACAUAUACUAAAAUUGGAACAAUACAGAGAAGAUUAGCAUGGCCCCUGCGCAAGGAUGACACGCAAAUUCGUGAAGCGUUCCAAAUUUUUUGGAAUUUUUGAAACUAACUUUUGAAAUAAUAUUCCAAUUUUGAGUAUUUUUUUUUGUUUUUCAAAAAUUUAUAAAUUUUACUUUGUAUUUCUGGUUUUUUUCUGAACCCAAAGCUUGCUGAAAUUUCAGAUUAUUAAUUUUUGAGCAUCAGACUCCUAAAUUGAUAUCUCAAACUUUCAACAAAAAAUCCCCGCCCCAAAAAAAUUCACCUGCUCCAAUUCUAGAACUUUGUACCGCGCAUUCGUAUCAAAUUUUUCAGAUUAUUGUCAAGGCAACAAAGAAUAUUUUCAUUUUCUAAUCAUUCUAAUUUUUAAUUAAUUAAUUAAUUAUGUCUGAAAUAUGUUCCUCGUUUGAAGAUUUUGAAUAUAUUGCGGUUGGAAACAGUGAGCAAAUUUUUUGGUUUAAUUUUGAAAAAAUAAAAGUUUCAGAUCGAAUUUGGUUUGUUGUUCUGGAAUCGAUAAUUGUGGUUGCAAUAACUUCAUUUGUGAUAGUUACAAAAAUUCAAAAAACACCGAUUUGGAUUUUUCUCUCCUUUAUUUUAGUUUUGUCCUGGCCUUUGAUAAUUUUAAGAAUUAUUAAAGUUUUAUUCACAGUUUUGGCAAAAUAUCAGGCUUCAAAGAGGUAUUCAAAGAGAACUAACUCUAUUUGUAAAUAAUUUGAAAAAAAAUAAUUCCAGCUUCAUCCUCUGCAUAAUUUUUCGCAUCGAGACCACUCUACAGUACACCUUCCACUUAUCCCAUGUCUUUUUCCUCUCAAUUUUGGUCUCAUAUUUCUGCAAAUUCUCCUCUACAAUUUUCAGCGUUCAACUAAUUUCCAAACUUUUUCUGACAUCCUAUUUAUUCUCAUUAUUCGUUUCAAUUUUAUUCAUCAAUUUUAAUUUUCUCACCCAGUUUUUUGCAGUUUUCUACACAAUUCUGUACAUAUCUUUGUGUUAUUAUCAUUUUUUCCUACAAUUUGUGGUCAGUUUAAAUUCACAAAAAUGUAGAAUUUUCCAUUUUCAGACAAUUUUUCGAUUUGUUUUUCGGAAAUCAAAAGCCAAACCUGGAAAUCCAAAUGAUUUCAGAUAUAUUUGGUUUUUCCUAAUAGUUGCGCUACCAAAAUUAGCUCACAUAUAUCAAGAAUGUGAGUUUUCAUCUAGUUAAUCUGUUUGUGAUAUCAGCCAAAAAAAAUUUUCAGGCAUAAUUUUGACAUUUAUAAUUUCCGCAUUGAAUCCAGAUUUAAGUGUUCAGCACUCUUUGGUAGUUCAAUAUAUCACUGGUGUUUUGUCAGUCAGAUUUAUGGUUUCGAUUUUAUUAGCAUGUGGUCCUUUACUUCUUCUUCCACCGAUUAUUUCGAGAAUUCUACCAGUUUCGAAAUAUCGUGUAUCUUCAGCAAGUGCUCCAGAAGUUAUUAAUGUUUCGAAAUGA